AUGGGACAUGGGGUAUGGAGGAGUGUUUGAGUUUGAGUUGAAUAGAAUAGAAUAGAAUAGAAUAGAGAGUGAGGGAGUGAUCCACGUGGUUGUGAGAAGUGUCCAACCCUUCUUAGCUUGUUGUGCAGAUGGCUGAAAUCAAAGGAGGCGCCGACGACGACAUGGCUGACGGUAUGCAAUGCACCGACCACCCUUACAGAACGAAUCCCGGCGGAAUCUGUGCCUUCUGCCUCCAAGACAAGCUCGGCAAGCUUCUCUCCUCUUCUUUCCCUCUCCCCAUCCGCCCUUCUUCCUCUUCCUCUACCUCCUCCCCUUCAACUUCCUCCGCUAACACUACUCAUUCUAGAAGGCCACGCCUUCCUUUUCUCUUGGUCAAGAAGAAGAAGAAGAAGCCCUCUCCCAGCUCCUCCGCUGCACCCUCUGACGCCGCCAUUCUCAAGCGCAGCAAGUCCACCGCCACACCGAGAAGACCACGCUCUCUCCUCGACCCUGACGACUUACUCAUCCACGAUUUCACUCCCAGGAAGAGGAAUCACGGCUUCUGGUCCUUUCUCUACCAUUCUUCCAAGUCCUCCAAGAGCUUCAGGGACACCAUCUCAGAAACUUCCAAGCCAAAGGAAAAUAGCAAGUGCUGCUCCGGUUCUUCUCUCAUGGCCAGAAGGACCGACAUUGUUGUUGUGGAAGAAGAUAACACUCCCAACAGUAGCCACUCCACCGCUUCCUUUGAGCGCAAGGUUUCCAGAUCCAGAUCUGUUGGCUGUGGUAGCAGGAGCUUCUCCGGCGACUUCUUCGAGAGAAUCUCCACCGGUUUUGGUGACUGCACUCUCCGCCGAGUGGAGUCUCACCGCGAAGGCAAGCACAAGCAGGGGUCGUCUUCUUCUUCCGCUGGCGGCGAGGCCUAUUCAGCGGCUUCAUGAUGACGUCAUCUUCAUCUUCGUCGUCUUCUUCCUCUUACUGGGUCUCAUCCUCUGCUGACGAUAACAAUAACAAUGGGAAUAAUAAAGCGUCCUCUUCUUCUACUGCUGCCGUUGCAACAUCACUUUCACACUCCCAUGGCAGAGUCAGGAGUUGGGGUUGGGCGUUUGCGAGUCCUAUGAGAGCUUUCAGCGCCAAACCCUCUUCUUCCAAAGAGAAUCAGAAUCGGAGGGAUAUUAUUAGAGAUGCAAAUCACAAUGAUAAUCAUAAUAAGAAGAAUGCCACGCCAAACUUGUCUGCUAUACCUUCAUUGCUCACUGUCAGAAGCUGAUGAAGAAAGAAAUCCCAUUUUAAUUACUACUAUUCAUUUUGAUUUCCUUCAUUACUUAAUUAGCAAUCUGAUACUACUUUUCUCUUAUAAAUUUGGUGUUCAUGAAUAGUUGCAGCUGCUUGUAAUGGAGGCGUAGUACUCUGAUCUCUCCGGUGAGAAGAAUAUCUCUGUCAUCACAUCACGUGGUUCGUCUUAAUUUAUGUUAUUAUGACUGUUGUACUUCUCCUUGUUGGAUAAUUUUCUUACUUUAGUAAUUAGUAUGGCCAAGACAUGUAAUUUUUAAUUUUGAGGAGAAUUACUUUUCACAUGCAUACACAUGUUUUGGAAUCACCGUUGUAGAGGUUGUGUGCAAUUUCAAUAAAAAUUGUUACUACUAAAUACUAAUU